AUGCGCAGCACUCCAUCGAAAGCGCUGCAUGCAAUUCUUCACCUGCUGCCUCUGCAUGAAUUUGUGCAGUUAGAAGCGGAAAGGAGCGCCUUGCGGCUCAAACGUCUUAAAGAGAUCUUACCUGGUGAUCUGGUUGGUCAUCUGAGUAUUUUGCAACACUUCAAAAGAGGGCCUUUGUUGAGUAUGUGCGGAGACUGGAUGAAACCUUUGGACAACUACGACAUUCCCUACAAGGUGCGUGAAACAUCGCGCUCCGACUGGGAGUGCGGAGUUAAUAUGGUCCGUCAGGGGUCAACGAUAUUCUUCACGGACGGCUCAAAAAUCGGUUCGAAAACUGGAGCGGCAAUCUUCGGUCCUGGUGUACAGAUAUCAGUGGCAAUGUGCAACUGGCCUACUGUAUUCCAAGCGGAGAUUUACGCUAUAAUCGAAUGUGUCAACGUUUGUCUGAAGAGAAACUACAAACAUGCGAAUAUUCUCAUUUUCUCUGAUAGUCAAGCGGCACUAAAGGCUCUUUGUGCUCACAAGUGUACGUCAAAAAUAGUGUGGGAGUGCGUUCUCUCACUGCGGAGGCUGUGUCGUAUGAACUCUGUCAAUUUGUACUGGGUUCCCGGGCACAGCGGCAUAGAUGGCAAUGAAAAAGCAGACGAACUGGCCAAACAGGGCUCCAACUCGCAAUUUGUUGGUCCGGAACCCUUUUGCGGUAUCUCAAAUUGCACUAUAAAAAUGGAACUUAAAUACUGGGAAGAGCAAUGGGUGACAGCCAGUCGAAAAGGGUAA